GUACGCGGUGCCUUCAUCGAAUUUUGUCUGCCUCAACCGUCCUAACAAGCGUUUUUGAAGAAAACAACAUUUAUUUUAAAUCAAUUUAAAUACUUGGAGAUAAAAGUGAAUCAAAAAUGAGUGAUAUUUGCAAUUUGUGUGGAAAAACUGCAGCCCUUAUGUGCCAGCGAUGUAUGGAAACGUAUUGUUCUACAAAUUGCCAAAUCCUCGAUUGGAGGGCUCACAAAAAUAUAUGCUCUCAUAUCCCACCUUUGGUGCCAAUUAAAGAUUUUACCAUCAGAGAUCCUAAUAACUCUUUCCUCAAUCGUUCCAUUGUAAGUGAAUCGUCACGAAAUCGAUCAUUGAACGAUAGCAUUAAAUCUACAAAGCGUACACUUGCACGAAACCCUCUGAAAAUACCUCCCCAAGAUGUGUCAUCCAUCGAAGUUCCUGACACUAAGCAAGUUGAAAAAGAAGUCAAAAACUCACUUCCUGAAGUUGAUUUUACACUUAAACCAAAAGUUAUACCAAAAGAAAUCGAAAUCAAGUCGAAUACUUCAAUAUGCUCAAAGGUUUCUACACGUACUGCAGCUUGGCGAACACCAUAUCCCUAUAUAGAAGGAGUAUUUUUCGAUGUGAUGGUACAAUAUAUUGAAGAAGGCCCGAACGUUAAUAUUGUUUGGGUAACUGAUCUCAAGUACGAAAGUCCAUUGCGUAAACUACUGGCCGAGAUAAAUCGCAACAUCGACUAUAAUACUCCUGUUUGCAGUAGUGAGGAAAUCCAAGUUGGGUCACUAAUAGCAGCCCCGUUUGAUAACCUAUUUUACAGAGCAGAAAUUAUUGAAAUUGUCCAAUCUUCGAAAACUUGCAAUGUGCACUUGAUUGAUUACGGCAACAUGGUUGUGGUGCCUUUCAAGGAUCUACGCUCACCAAUACCGAUAAUGCGCAAUCUAAAUGCUUAUGCCUUCCGAAUAAGUUACUCUAAGCAAGUGCCUCUGGAAACGAUCUUGAGCAUUCGCGUAAUUGGUAUGGGGCCGAAUGGUGUGGCUAACAUAGAAGAAAAUGUAUCUAGUUCCCUGCCCGUAGGGCUGACUACUGAGUUAUUUGAGACAAACCCUUCAGUAUCCUUGGUAAAGAUAUCCGAAAACGGACAAUUUGCACUGCUGACGCUUACCAACGAAGCCGUUUUUGGACAACUUAGGCAAAUGCACGAAGUUUUGGACCGAGAGGAAUCAAACAAAUUGAAAAGGGACACACCCUCGGCUGAUGGAGACUAUGUUGCUGCCCUUGCCUUAAAUGGCUGGUCAAGAGCUUUCAUUAUGAGCACCUACCGCAGCUACUAUUUGGUGUAUCUCCUAGACGUGGGUCGCGUAUCUCUGGUUGAACAAAUUUGCUCCGUCCCAGAGGAGUUCAAAUUUAUUCCAAUGCAAGUAUUUGCUGUUGAGUUGAAAAAGGUAUUGUGUGAGGCAAAGAAUUUCACCGAUUGUUUAUUUGACGGUAAAAGCUUCACCAUCAAGGCUCGACAAAGCCCCAAGACCAGCAGUGAUCGCAUUCCUUGCUAUAUCCUCACUAGCUGUGGAAAUAAAAUAGCCGAAGUCGAGACAUUUAAAUAUCUGGGUAAGUGUGAAAAGGUUGGAGUGAGCGAUUGGGUUGAACCGCUUGUGUCGGGCAGUAUUGUGCAUGUAACCAGAACUAUAAGUCACUCUGAAAUAUUUAUUUCAAUGGUGUCUACUAAGAUGUAUCCGAAGAUUCUCUCGGCUGCUGCCGAAGACUGUGAGCCGCUUGUUUCGGCAAAAAAAGGGGACCUGGUUCUAGCAAAGUCCGAAAGUGGGUUUUUCCGAGGAAAGAUCUUGGAUGCCGUGAAUGAAACAGUCAAGGUGCUUGAUGUUGACACUGGGCUUGAGUUGUGUGUUUCUAGUAAGAGUAUGCGCAAGCCGAACAUUUUUGUUAUUUCAUGUCCAUAUCACUCGAGGAAAGUAAAAUUGUUGUACUUGUCGAAUGUGGCUACACCUUAUACGGACAAUAAGGCUCUGGCUACAAUAGAACAAUGUGAAGCAUCAGGUGCAGAAUUUAUACUCAAGUUCGAUUCGAAUCCGGAACUAGGUGUAGAAUUGCUUCUUCAAACACCCGAUCAACAAUCCCUCAACAAACAACUCCUGCCUAUGUUGUUCGAAAAGAGACCUGAUAAUACUGCAGUGGAAACGCUAAAAGUGAAAACUCCCAUUCCUGAGAUGACAAAGUUGGCGAUUGAAACCCCACCAGCAAGCCCCAAUGUUAAAACUGAGAAGGUAAUCUAUACUCUUCAAGACCUGGAAGUAAUUCCCAUCACGUGUGGUGAUAAUGUACCACUUAUGGUUACCGACAGCAGCACCAUCUCGAAGGGCUAUAUAUCUGCUUGUGAUUUAACUGACAAAACCUUCCUCCGAAAACUUGAAAGCGAGUAUUUGCCACUUGUUGCAAAACACUGUGCAUCUGCAAAAACAACGACGGAAUAUUCUCCAAAAUUGGAUGAAAUUUGCUUGGCUAUAUUUGAUGCCGACAAAGAAUGGUAUCGUGCUUUGUGCAUUAAUAUACUGAAGGACGAUAUGUUUUACGUUAUGUUCCUGGACUACGGAAAUAUGUGUAGUGUUCAUAAGAGCAACAUUAAACCAAUAACCAAGGAGCUGAUGUUCCCAGCCAAUUCCAAUAUGUGCCUUUUUGAAGGAAUACCACAAGAAGUACCACCAAAAGCUUGUGAAAAGUUUAUUCUAGCCACUCAGGCAGAUCCCAAAAUAGUUGCUAAAGUUACAAAAUUGGAACAAGAUUCGUAUUUGCUUUCACUAAAAGAUAUGGACAAAUAUUUUUAAGUUGUUUUUUUUUAUCAUUAUUCUUAUCAAAUUGGAAUUUUGUUUGUUUUACCCUGGAGGUAAUUUUAAUUUUGUUUUUGUUUCUUUUUUACAUCACAAUUUAUUAUAUUUUAAGUUAUUAAUUUCAUACACUAUUAAAGUGUAACCUGCCAAGUAUUGACUAUGAUAUAAUAUUGACGAAAUAAAAAGUAUUUCAUGGA